AUGUCUGACAGAUCCCGAACAAUAAGCCUUAGAAAGUAACAGAUAUUAGAAAAAAUAUAAUACAAUUUCUAAAAGAUUGAUCCUGCUUUUCAAAUAAAAUAUUUUAUUGGAGAGAAUUCAAACUUAUUAGAAUAUCAGAUGAACAAAUGGAAUCGUCAAAAUAGACAAAAAACUGUUUAUGAAUAAUAAAUUGAGAAAGCUAUUAAAACAUUGCGUCAUCCAUUUAUACUAUAGAGUUAUGUGGAUAAGCCCUAAUUCAUUUAGCCUUGUUCAGUUAAGAAUCAAAUAGAAAUUAAAUAAAAUGAUGAAAAAUUGUAGAGUUCGAGAUCUCAGCCAAAAGAAGAUUUACCAAUUAGAAAUUGUAUUGCAACACCAUCAAGUCCAUUAAAGUAAUUUAUUAUUAUAUAUAGAAAGCUAUUCACUUAGUAUUAAGAUUUAGUUAAGGUAUAAUAUAUAACCUCAUCAGAAAAAAUGAAAAAGUUAAUUCAAUAAUAUUCUGAUUGUGAACAACCAAUUUAAUACUCUAGAAAUCAAGAAUUUACUCCAUCUAGAACUUUAAAUUCAAAACGGAAAAAAAAAGGUUUAAAUUAAAUUUCUUUGGUUCCACCAUCACCUCUUUCUAGAAAUCGAGAGCAUUUGUUCUAAAAAAAUACAAACAAUAUACUUCUUUUAGAUGAAUUGUAGAGUGAUUUAGAUAGUUUCAGAAAAUCAUUAGGAGAAAUGUAAAAAUUUAAAAACUUGUACCCUAAAAAACACUAAAGAAAAACUUACUUAGACUUUUGA